AACGGGCGAUUCACACUUUUAAAGCAGCAAAUCAAACGUACUUCUGAAAAAAAGGUCAUGCUGAAUGGAUUUUUUUUGUUCUUGAUUUAUAUUCCGACGUCGUUUCCCUUGGAGUAUUAUAAGCGUCCUUCAUGCUGACAGAAACUUGCAUGUCUACAGAUGUAAUUUAGUUGUUGGGAGCCAAUUGGUUGGAGGCUGCUACCUGGGCAUCUUCGCGACACGAAGCCUGUGACUUCGUGCCGUACAUUGAAGAGAAAGGAUUCUAAAGAAGGCGUCAGCCCCAUUUGACUAAGGACUUUGCAUCUGCCAGAACCGAUGGCAUCUUCCGCUCCUUCAUCCUCCGGUACGAGUCAGGAUUCCAACUCAACAAAUUUACGGCCGGGGGACAGAAAUACAACCUAUGAUACUUGGUGCGGAGUUGCUCAUGGAUGUACAAGAAAACUUGGUCUGAAGAUCUGCGGUUUUUUGCAAAGGACGAACAGCAUCGAGGAUAAAAGCAGGACGGUAAGUUCACUGAAGGAUCGGCAGUCUUCCAAGAACCUGAAUUCCAGUGAAAACAGCGAUAGAGGCUCGAUAUUCAGGCGCACGGAAACUGAUUUUUCCAAUCUCUACGCUAGAGACUUAUUACCAGCUAAAAAUGGGGAAGAGCAAACUACACAAUUCCUUCUGGAAGUGGUUGAUAUUCUUCUCAAUUAUAUAAAGAAAACUUUCGAUAGGUCCACGAAAGUUCUGGACUUCCAUCAUCCACACCAACUCUUGGAGGGAAUCGAAGGCUUUAACCUAGAGCUUUCGGACAACCCUGAAUCUCUUGAGCAGAUACUGGUUGACUGCAGGGACACGCUUAAGUAUGGCGUUAGGACAGGGCAUCCUCGGUUCUUCAACCAGCUUUCUUCUGGUCUUGACAUUAUCGGUUUGGCCGGAGAAUGGCUUACCUCAACAGCUAAUACCAACAUGUUCACGUAUGAAAUAGCACCAGUGUUUGUCCUCAUGGAACAAAUUACACUGAAGAAAAUGCGAGAGAUAAUUGGUUGGCCCAAUGGGGAUGGUGAUGGAAUCUUUUCACCUGGAGGAGCUAUAUCAAACAUGUAUAGUAUAAUGGCUGCUCGAUAUAAGUAUUUCCCAGAUGUUAAAUCCAAAGGAAUGACUGCAGUUCCUAAACUGGUUCUCUUCACAUCAGAAAAUAGUCAUUACUCAAUAAAGAAAGCAGGGGCUGCACUUGGAUUUGGAACAGACAAUGUGAUUUUAUUAAAAUGUGAUGAAAGGGGGAAGAUAAUGCCAGCUGAUCUGGAAGCAAAAAUUAUUGAAGCUAAACAGAAGGGAUAUAUUCCAAUUUACGUCAAUGCAACUGCAGGAAAUACAGUCUAUGGUGCAUUUGAUCCCAUUGAAGAAAUUGCAGAUAUAUGUGCUAAGUAUAAUCUUUGGCUCCAUGUUGAUGCUGCAUGGGGAGGUGGACUUCUGAUGUCCAGAAAGCAUCGCCAUAAAUUGAAUGGGAUUGAAAGGGCCAAUUCAGUUACUUGGAAUCCCCACAAGAUGAUGGGUGUUUUGUUGCAGUGUUCUGCUAUCCUUGUCCGAGAAAAGGGUAUCCUCCAAGGCUGCAAUCAGAUGUGUGCAGGGUAUCUAUUCCAACAAGACAAACAAUACGAUGUAUCCUAUGACACGGGAGAUAAAGCUAUACAGUGUGGUCGCCACGUGGACAUUUUCAAGUUUUGGCUGAUGUGGAAAGCUAAGGGGACAGUGGGAUUUGAAAACCAAAUUAACAAGUGCUUGGAUCUGGCGAUGUACCUUUAUAACAAGAUUAGAAAGAGGGAAGGAUAUCAAAUGGUAUUUGAUGCAGAACCUGAGCACACAAAUGUUUGCUUCUGGUACAUUCCACCAAGUUUCCGUGACAUGCCAGAUUGUGAAGAGAGAAAGGAAAAGCUUCACAAGGUUGCUCCAAAAAUAAAAGCACAAAUGAUGGAAUGUGGCACCACAAUGGUUGGAUAUCAGCCUCAAGGAGAUAAAACUAACUUCUUCCGCAUGGUCAUUUCAAACCCAGCUGUAACAAAAUCUGAUAUCGACUUCCUCAUUGAGGAGAUAGAACGACUGGGACAGGAUUUGUAAUUGGUUAAAUUGGUUUUGUUUGCUAUUACUAGGCGAUGCUUUCUGUUGAAACUGAUUACAAUGUACAAUAAAUGUGUUAUUUGAAGAUCUGUGCGACACAUUGCAGUACUGUCAGGCAGUAUGUAAAUCUAUUCCUUAGCCAAUCAGUAUUUAUUAGAAGUAAUUAUUUAAGAGAUACAAAAUCUAAAUACAUAUUGUACCUACAUGUGAGCCUCAGCGUGUAUGUUCCUUUGAAAGAGCCCAGCAAUCUGAACUGUGAGUACUGUGGACAAUGUGCAGUGAAUUUAACCCCUAGAGGUAAAAUGUAACUCUAUCAUAGUAGACUUACCUAGACUGUGCAGAUCCUUUUCGUAGCUACACUGUGUAUGGUGCUUUUUGUCAUAAUGUAAAAUUAUGGAGUGUGAAGCACCAAAUUUUAUUCUAGAUGAAUUACCCCUUUAGUUGUGAUUUUGGGGUAAGAGUUGCAUAAAUACUGUAACAGAUAGGAACUAAAUGUCUUUCUAGAAAAAUAUUAAUUUUGUGUAGAUUGUGUAUACAAACGUUAACUGAUUUUUGUGAAAAGGAAUAAAUGUAAUAGUUUUACAGUAACAAAUCUGUUUAAAUAUGUAGGUAUAUAACAAAAUAUUUGCUUAUUUAUAUCCAGAAAUUUACUGUCUUACAGAGGUGUCUAGUAUUUUCUUCCAUUUGUAUGUACUGUAUCUUUAUUUAUAUAAUAUGAUAUCAAAGGAGUUCUAAAUAAUGUUUAUGGUAUUUUAGUGUAUAUGUGAGCCAAAGAAUACAGCAAAAUAAUAGUGAUAAUAGCAUUUCUAUUUAGUGUGGCAGUUGUGCAGCCUUUAAAGUAAUGUGGAAUAUAUUGCUGCACUUAUUGAACACAAAGUAUGACAUAAAAUUGAAAACUGUCUUAAAUGUACUGUAGUUUGUGACUUUACUCACAAGUUGGUACGUGGAUUUUCAGAUAUGGUGACUAGAUAUGUUAACUAUUGUUUAGUGUAGAGCUUUUUCUUAAGGCAGAAGUCCAAGUGCAGAAAACAUGUUUGUAGUUGUAGUUCAUCAAGCACCUACAAAACACACCCAGGGAAGAGAAAAAUAUUGCAGCAUCAUAAAUCCUUGUUUUUAAUCCAAGUUCUGUAAGCUGAAGAGAGUCAGCAAGACCUAUUACUGGAGAGACCAAUUUUACUAUUUUAAUAAGUCGAAGGGUUUGGAUUUGUACAAAUCUGGUGCAAUUCACACUUUUAUUACUGUAGAAGUUGAUUCAAGCUUAUCAUUUGUUGUAUUUGUUAGAGUACAGAAAUCUUGAUAAUUUCAAUGGGUAUUUAAAUUUAAUUUGGCUUGGGCAAGUUUUGGUUAAUCUAAACCAAACAGCCAAAUUGAAGCUAGUUUUUCAUCCCUAAGAGCUAAACUUUUCAAUUCAGAAGUUGAAACAUGUUUUUUGAGACAGUGUUAUCUAUGUACAAUUCUCCCAACCAUGGUGUAGAAUAAAGAAUAAAGUGGGAAAAUGUUGUCAAAUACUGUUACAAUAAAUUCAGUGUUUUAUUACAUCUGCUGUACAAGCAUUAUAACAAAAAGGAAUUAUUUUAAGGAAAUAACCUUGCAAACUGAGCUGAUAAUU